AAAGCUUACAGACGGUAUCGCCAGAAAAACAGUGACUCAAGCCCGCCGGUAGAAUCGACGAAAUCGUCGGUGGCGAAAGCUAUUGUCAAGAAUUUGCAACAAAAGGUGUUUGACGAAGUCAUGGCUCGCGCGGACAUUCCCACGGAAUUCGGUAAUCGAGAGGACCCGGUGGAAGCUGGCGAGGAACUUGAACGCGUAUUUAAAGAUCGAUUGAUGCGUGCUCGCUUGGCGGAGGAAGAUGGUGAUUUUUGUUUUGCAAAAUAAUGCGUACUUUAAGUAAAAUGUCAGAGAAAGAGAGAAAGGGAGAGAG